UGGAUUACAGGAAGCAAAUACUAUUGAUUAUACAUAUCUGUUGUACAACAUUAUUGUAGAUACUAGCUCUGACAAUAUCCUGUUGCAUUCCAUUUCAAGACAGGUCCAUACAAGCCACUGAUCAUCACACGACGCACUGAUCAAGGUAGCUAUUGUUUGCUGGCAGUCCAUCAAGUGAUCAAGUUUUAACAGUGUCUGUUGCAGAAGUGGUUUUACCCAGUGUUAAGAUGCAGGAGGAGUCCAUGCACAUGCCGCCGAGUGAGUCUCUUCCCGAGGACUAUGAAGACGUUGAGAUGUCUGAUGAAGAGGCUGAGAGAGAUGUGACUUGUCAGCAAGACCUUGAUCUCCGCCUAUACCAGCUGGAGUUGGCUGAGCAUGCAGUAAAACGCCGUAACACCAUCAUCUGUGCCCCUACCGGUUCAGGCAAGACUAGAGUGGCACUCUACAUCGUCAAAGACCAUCUUGAAAAGCAGGAUGAAGCUGAAGCUAAUGGUAAAAGGAAGGUGGUGUUCCUGGCACGGACAGUACCUCUAAUUACACAACAGUACAAAACCUUCCGGAAAUUCCAUAGUAAAUACAGGGUUGUGAAGCUGAGUGGUGAGGACGAGAACAGCACGGUCCUCCACCUAUUGCUGGACCACUACGACAUCUUUGUGAUGACACCACAGAUUCUGGAGAACCAACUGAGGGAUGCAAAGAUCAAGUCCCUGUCUGUGUUCAGCCUUAUUGUGCUGGAUGAGUGUCACCACACACGGAAAGGGGAGCCCUACAACAAGCUCAUGAUCAGAUAUCUCAAGCAGAAAAGCAAAAAGAAAUCCAUUCGCCUACCGCAGAUUGUAGGCCUGACAGCCUCCUUGGGAGUAGAGAAGGCAACGGUUGAUGAGGAGGCCAUUGACAGUAUCCUGAAACUGUGUGCCAACAUGGAUGCCCCCUAUCUCUCCACAGUACAGACACACAUAGAGGAACUCAGAGAAAAGGUCCCAGUGCCAGAUGAAAAAAAAGUUAAUUUGACUGAAAACCGACAGGACCCUGCACGGAAAGAAUUGGAGAAAGCAAUGGAGAAGAUAGAGGACUUAAUGAUUGACAUAAAUGAUCUGAAUAACAGAACAAUUGACAAGCUGCUACUGAAGCUUCCCAGUGACCGUAUCAGUCAGUCAUAUGGCCAGUGGGCAGUUAAGGUGAAGAAUGAGGCCAGGCUGGUCCAGACAGGACCCGAUGAUGGCCAUGGCAGUGAUGUGGAUCGGAGGAAAGCUGAGAUGGCUAGAGGCAUAUUCGAUAUGGCCGAUCAGCUGUUUAAAUACAACGCUGCUUUGGAAAUCCAUGAGUACGCUCGGAUCCAGGAUGUGGUGGCAUAUCUGCAGAAAGAGUUCAGUAACGUGGCACUCGAGCAAAUAGAAAGCAGCCUCAACCUGGCCUGGGAGGAGCAACUGGGCGAGAUUUCCACAAAUCUUAAAAAGAAUUUGAUGAAAUUUGGCAGACAAUGUGACAACCCCAAUUUGAAAGUGUUAGCUAAAACACUGACAGAAAUGCUGGAUUCAAAAGGCAGCGACUCCCGAGCCAUCAUAUUUGUGAGAACUAGGGCCUUCUGCUACGCUCUGACCAACUGGCUGAACGAAGACGACAAGAUUGAUCCCCAGCUGAAGGAUCUGAAAGCCAUGGCGUUCACUGGUGCAGGAGCAAAUGACGAGGAAGGAGGUAUGACACAGAAUGAACAAGACAAAGUGAUUUCCAAGUUCAAAAGUGGUGAGGUCAAGUUGAUUGUCGCCACAUCAGUAGCGGAGGAAGGACUGGAUAUCCCAGAAUGCAACAUGGUCGUGAAGUACAACCAUGUCGGCAAUGAGAUCACAACUAUCCAGACCGGAGGGAGAAGCCGGAAGGCAGGAGGCACCUCUGUUCUGUUGGGCAGCAGCAAGACCCACCAGAAAGAAAUACUCAAUCUUGCUCGGGCUGCCAUGAUGGAAAGAGCUGUCAAGAAAAUCCUACAAAUGCCAAUUGAUCAAGUCAUUCGCAGGACCGGCAGUCUUCAGGAAGAGACCCUGGUAAAAGAGAAAACCAAGGAUCUUGUCCAGCGACGUCAGAAUCGACAGAAACUUCAAACAAACUUUAAACUGAAGUGUACUCGCUGUAAAACAUUUUGUGCCCACAGCAAAGAUCUGAGGGUCAUUAAUGAUAACCAUCAUGUCGUCAUUGACAGCGAGUUUGAAGGGCGGAUUGAAGUCAAACCAUUCCAAAACCAGAAAAAUAUCGAUGGAAUAAAACUGACGGGGCAUAUGCAGUGUAAGACAUGCCACAGGGCCUGGGGGACGAAGUUUCUAUACCAGGGGAUCUCGUACCCCUCACUCGCGAUCAAGAACUUCAUCGUUGUCAAUGAGGAAACCAGUGAGAUCAAGCACUGCAAGAAAUGGUUGGAGCUUCCUUACACCAUCAGGGUAUGGUCCCUAGAGGAUAUCAAGACAUGUCUCAGAACUGGUGGUGAUGCCAGAUCGGAUGAGGAAGACAAGGAUGAGGGAGAGGAAGAACUUGAUCUGGAGUGAAAUAAACUGUAGACAGGAUGGAAGAGGCGGAUCAAAGACAGAUAAAUUCUGAAGUAACCUUUUGGAUGAAAGAUCUGAAUUGACCCAUUUGGACUAACUUGUCUAAAUUAAUACCAUGGAUGUGUAACAUGUCAUUAAUAUUACUAGUUAUAGUAAAUAGUAAAUUCUUUUGGAGAAAUAUAUUCAAUCAUAAAUUAAUAUCACAAGCAUUUGAUUCAUGGAAAUUGAGAAUGAAAGACUUUCUUCUUAAUUAAUCCUUGUUUCGUGAUUAAUAUUAUUGAACUUUGAAACAUAUCAAAUAUAAGCAGUCAUGGUUGGAGGACGCUGUAGAAUGAGGUGCAUAUUUCCUACCAACUUUGACACUGAUGUUCUGGUUGUGAUAUUUGAAACCUGUAGAAACCCGCACAUGUAGAUGAAACUCUACUUAUCACCGAGCAAUGGUUUCCGAUAAAUUUCUUUACAAAAUAAUACCAUUUCAUCAAGGAUUAGGGGUAGUAGAAAAUGUCCAAUAUCUAGCAUAUAAAUAUUAUCUUGUAUUGGUACAAGUGUUAACACUUCCAAUGUAUUGGCUUUUGGGCAAUGUGGACGGUACCCAUUGUUGAUUAACAGUUCAGUGAAAUUCAUUAAAUGGCUAAAACUACUUCGUAUGUCAUCUAAUACAUGUUCCCUAAAGGCUAACAAAAUGUGAUUAUCCCCUGCCGCGAAGUGGGGUCGGGAAUAUAGGAACAGAGUUCAUCUGUCCUUCCGUCCGUCCUUCUGUCUGUCAACUUCUCAAAGGGGACAAAUUUUCACAAAAUUAUUUAAGUCAGAAAAAUAAAAGUUUACACACCGAUGUUACUGGUUAGAUCUAAGGUGAGUUAAAAAAUUGGUGUUGUAAAUUUUUUUACAGAGUAUUGGCCCUUGCUCCGUGCUCUUCAACUUAGUGCAUACUGUGUGAAAUUGGGAAACGGUUUUCUCAGCAACUACUGAAGUUACAUAAAAAAAAGUUUGCAUGCUUAUCUUAGUCUUGACAAGUAUGUCUACGUUCAAAAAUUUGUCCCGUCAGUUAUUGUUUUACAGAGUUACGGCCCUUGAUCCAGGUUAUGUUAUUAGUGUGUGCAAUGGUGACAAGUUUUCUUAGAAACUACUGAAGUUAUCUUAUCUAAGAGAUACUUAUCAGGAUAGUUCACCAGGGAAGGAGACUUUUGUUUGAAUGAAAUUCACAUUUAAUCAUUUUUUUAAUGUGGCCCAACCGCCUCUGUCUUCUUUAGACUUUAUUGAACUCUUUUUGAUAGUUUAUAUUCACUACUAUAUUUUAGUGAUAACAUUGUUUUCUUGUUUAUCUUGAUUCAGUAGGUAGAAUUGGACAAGAGAUGUUACACGUUCUAUUUGCUUGGAUUUACCAAGAUGGUGGAUGUACUGUAUACGUUAAUACAUGUAGUUAGUUUUCUUACCCUUUUUCAAGCCAGACUGAAAGAUAAGUACAGUGAAGAAUGGACUAAAAUAUUAUCAUCUAGUAUUAGAUAUAAAUGUUGUACACUUUUGAAAAUAAGCCUUGAAGCAGAAAAAUACGGCCUUGUGUAUAUUUGCACUGUACAUUUGAGUUGUCUGUACAAGGCUUAAUAUUGAUACUGGGAGACACAACAAAGUUCUUAAAUCUGAAAGAUUAUGUACAUAUUGAAGUUAAGACAUAUUGAAGGUCUGUAUCAUUUCACCUUUAUGUGUCCAUCCUUAAACGAUAUUCAAAAGCCAUACAUACCAGAUAAAUAUGUAAAUCGACUGUCAGUCCAACAAUUUAUUCAUUUCAUAGCAACCACAAUUGAUCAAGAUUUAAGAUAUGUUAUGUCAUAUUUCAAAUAUGGCUUUAAGAGCAGAAAUGUACUGAAGUGAAACAAUGGAAUCUUUGUAAAAUGAUCCUGUACUGUAUGGUAUGCACUUGAUGUAUUUUGGUUUAUGGUGUCUCAUACAAUAAACAUUUGAAUUUCAGUAUCUUUAUGA